AUGUCCUUGACGGCCGUAUUUGUGAUAGGCACGCUUGUUCGUGUGGUGGUUCCCACGCUAUUUCCACAAAUCACAGAUGCCUUGGCCUCGACUGUGGAAACAUCCACACCUAUAGACUCGUUCAGGUCGAUCCAGGAAGCAUUCUACCUAUUGAAAAACGACUUAGACGUGUACGAUGGAGGUAUCGUGUACCACCCUCCUUUGCUUGUUGCCGUGCUUAAUCUCGUGAAUGACGUUGUGCCUGAACAGUUUGUGUACAUUGUGUUCAAUGUGUUGUAUGCUGCUGUUGAUGUGGGCAUUGCCUGCAAGCUUAUAAGUAUCAACCAGUGGUACCACCAGCAUCAACAGAAAAGAAGCAAGAUCGAGGGGCUGCCAUUCAGCUCGACUUUCAUUGCUGCGUUCUACUUGUUCAAUCCGCUUAUGAUCUUGACCAAUUGGUCCCACUCAACUGCCACUUUUUCAUACUUUCUCGUGAUCGAGCUGGUUGCGCAAGUUGUGGUUGACGAAAACCCAUUCAGAGCCAUGAUUGCGCUUGCCGUGGCCGCCUACUUAUCCUUGACUCCGGCUUUUCUUGUGGUGCCUCUUGUUGCACUCGCCUACACAGUUUCACCUCAGCGGGACUUGACUAGAAUUGCUGUUCAGAGCGGUGCCAUCUUCCUUGCAUCCAUCGCCACCUUGAUCCUCCUUUCGUUCGUGCUUUCGGGCUCUCCAGACUUCCUUUACCAGUGCUACGGCAAUGUCUUGUUCUUUGACAAGUUCUCACCCAACAUGGGCCUCUGGUGGUACAUCUUCACCGAGAUGUUCGACUACUUCACACCGUUGUACAAGGGGAUUUUCAACUUAUACCACAUCAUUUUUGUGCUUCCCCUUACUGUGAGGUUCUUUGAGAAGUCAAGUGAGCCCCACCUUGGUGACUCCUUCUUAGCGGUGGUGAUGUCGUUUGCCUGGCUUUGCUUCUCCAAAUCCUACCCAAUCAUUGGUGACCUCGGUUUUGUCUUGUCAAUGUUGCCCAUUUUCAAGAAUACAGUCAUCCCACACACCAAGUUCAUGCUCAUUAACGCGUUGAUGCUUAUUGUUUGUUUGCUUCUCGCUCCAAUCUUCUACUACUGUUGGAUCGUGUUGGGCAACGGUAAUUCCAACUUCUUCUUCAGCAUGAGUCUCAUCUGGGGCGGCGUGUAUAUCGUCAUCUUCCUUGACUUUAUCUGGGGCCGCUUAGUUUUCGACUACUGCCAGACUCACGAUGUCAAAGACAAAUCCAACCUUCGGUUGACCCAAAUCUAG